AUGCCUAUACCGGAAUACAAUGUUGACUUGGAUCUUGAUGAGCCACCACCAGAGUUGCAGGAGUACGCUCGUCUCAAGUGCGGAGAGGACCCUAACACUCGUCUACAGUCCAUAUGUGACCUGAAAGAUAUGAUAUACGAACGAGGUGAAUGCACUCCUCAUCGAAUGGAUAAUGAGUACUUGUUACGAUUUUUACGAGCUAGAAAUUUUAUCCCACAAAAGGCUCAUAGGCUGAUGGUGAAUUAUUACAAGUUCAAGAAAGAAAACCCUCAAUUAUUUGAAAAUGUUUAUCCUUUAGAUUUACGUAGACUUGGUGACUCGAACGUUAUAGCGGUACCUCCAUAUCGUGAUCAAAACGGACGAAGAUUACUGCUUUUUAGGAUAGGUUGUUGGGAUCCAUCAUCGGUAGCUAUAGAAGAUAUCUUUAAAGCGACAAUUUUUGCCCUGGAAUUGGGUAUGCUGGAGCAACGUACUCAGAUCCUCGGGGGCGUGGCAUUGUUUGACUUGGAAGACUUAGGCAUGCAGCACGCGUGGCAGGUCACACCUUCUGUAGCUAGCAAAAUAAUUAAACUCCUUGUGUCGAGUUUUCCAGCAAUUACUCAUGCUAUACACAUAAUAAACAACUCAUGGACAUUCGAUGUAAUAUACACCAUAUUCAAGCCGUUGUUGACUCCUGAGAUGACUUCUAAAAUCUUCUUCCACGGCUAUGACCUCACUUCCCUCCACAAGCACAUUCACCCCAACUUCCUCCCAAAACGUUACAGGGGCAUUUGGCCCGAUUAUCCUUAUACGGUGUGGCUUGAAUCGUUGAAAAAGAAUUAUGCAGUAGCAAAAGAAGUUUUGGCGUGCGGAUAUAAAUUUCGGGAGGAAGAAGUUUGUCCGGAAGUAGUGAGACAGCUCAAGCAGGAAGGCAUUAAGUUAUCU